CGUAGCAAACACACACACACAUAUGGUGCUCAGCUCAGCUCUUCCUGCGGGGUUUGUGUGUGAGGGUACAGAGGGAGGGACGGACAGAAACCUCGACUGGCGACAGAAACCAAUCAGAGCGACACAUUAGCGAAGACAUCGAUCGGGAUUUAUUUAUCUGACGGAGACUGCCAUCAGUCUGUCAAACUAUAACCUUCAGAAACCCCAGAGAAACAUUAAGAGAAUCGCCGACGACAUGGCUGAUUUCAGUAUCGAUCAGAACAACCUGCCUGGCGUGAAAGAGGUGUGCCGGGACUUUGCCGUGCUAGAAGACCACUGUCUGGCCCACAACCUUCAAGAACAGGAAAUCGAGAGCCACCUGGCAUCCAACGUCCACAAGAGCCGCCUGGUGCAGCAGGACCUGCAGGUGGCCAAGCGUCUGCAGGAGGAGGAGGACAAGCGGGCCCAAGCCGAGAGCAAGAGACAGCAUCGCCACAUGGAACGCAUCGACAUUGAAAUAGCUCAGGAGAUUCAAGAACAACUGGUCCGUCAGGCCGAACAACUGAGGCAGCAGGAGGAGAAGGAUGAGGCCAUCGCCCGGAAGCUGCAGGAGCGAGAGAUGAAAGAGGAGAGAAAACGGCACAAGCAGAUGGAAGGAAACCUCGAGGAGUACUACGAUGAUAAAGUCUCCCGAUCUCCACCGGAUCGGCGAGAGCCAAAACCCCAUUCCGCAUCUCCGGGUUACAGAAAAGAGAAGCAUCAUGACUACAGUCAAAUUCUUUCCCCGUACAACUCUCCAGAGCCUGACAGAAAAAGAUAUCCCAGUAGCCGUAGUCGAUAUCCAGAAUAUGAGCCCGUUGAGUUCAGUCGAUCUUGGCAUCCGGAGAGUCCGAGCAAGGAAAGGUUCCUCGAGUACUACUCACCUGGGCGACGACCGAAAGAGAGAAACAAACCUCUCAAUCUUGAUCACACAGAACCGCGUAGAAGGAAGAAGCAAGAUCAAUGGGACGACCUGGAGCCAGUGGUGCAACGAAAGGAGAGGACUCCCAGGGAUUACUCUGCCGGCCGGGACAAGGUCUGGGACAAGGAGAGGAUCAGGGAUCGAGAACGAGAAUGGGAUGGACGGAGAGCCAAGGAAAGGUCGAUAGAUCGCAACCGGACAAGAAGUCAAGAUCGACUGUUUAGCGGCAUUGACAGGGGCAAGAACAUGGACCGGGAGAUGGACCAAAAUAAACAAGGUAGCAGAGAGAAGCAAAGAGAACGAGGAAGAGAUGGGAACAGGGGGAGGCACAGAAGCAGGGAGCGAGAACUGGACGGUUACUUUCCAACUAGGGGACACUCAGAGGAAAGCCUGGAGUGGGAGGAUCGUAAGAACCGGCCGAGGCUCCCGUCAGGUCCUAAUGAGGUGUUUGAGGAGCCUGUUCUCAGAGGUCCGUCGAACGAGGGCCGGUCCCCUGGUCAUUCUCCCAGAGAGAGAGGUCGGAAACCACGAGGAGAAUAUGGCAUGAAGGAGGCGACGCGUGGACUGGCCCACUUAGACCUACAAGACCAGGAGCUCAUAGACUUGGAGGUGGCACGCAAGCUACAGGAAGAAGAAAUUAAGGCGUGUCGGUUGGACAAACAAGCCGCUCAAGUUGCACAAGAUGAGGAAAUAGCACGACUGUUAAUGGAGGAAGAGAAAAGAGAGUAUAAGAGAUCGAGAGAGAAGGAGAAACAAGCAAUUGAGAGACGAUGGGCUGAGGUGGAAUAUAAGUCAGUGCAAGAAGAAGUAGUUCGACCACGAGCUCGAGAAGAGCCACGCAUCAGAGAGGACGAGUACCAGAGAGCACCCAACCACAAACCUGUCAGGCCGCCGCCUCCUACACAGCACUACGAGAACGUAAACCCGAGUUACGCAUUUGCGGACCCCUACUCCCCUCGUCCUCCAUCAAGACCAGAGGCGGCGUACAAAGAUGCCUACUACAGACAGUGACCAUAUGCCUCCACUGCUGUCCAAUCCUGAGUUCGUUCUGCCCUUUAUUUUGCGAAUCAGUAGAGGAGAAGUGAUUCAGAAAUUCUUUGAGGCUUUCAGCAGAAGCUACUGACACUUUAUUUGAUUUUUCCCUCUUGGGUUCAUCGCAUCAGAUGAGCCGACGUCGUCUCUUUGUGUUGUGAAUGAGUCUUUUACCCUGGAGCUACGAACUACUGUGCGACCGGGACAGUUCCUGUUUGCUUCUCGUGUUCUUGUCUUAUUGUGGAUGAGUGUACAGGAAGGGAUCUACUGCACAGCUUUCUAGAAUAUCCCUUUUCUCUUGUUGUCUAUAAUGAAGCAUUGUCUUGAUUCCAUGUUGAGUUCAGGAUACAGCGGUUUUCCACUUUGUCGUUGGUUUUAUUUAAUGGAAAACAUGCUUGAAUUUAUACGCCGUGCACUUUUGUGCUAUAUAUUUAUUGAUUUAUUUUCAGAGGAUAUAUUUUAUUUUGAUUUGUCUUUUAAAAUGCUGAUUGUUUUACCCUUUCCCCAAUCGAUCUGAAGAGACUGUUAGCUUAAACCAGGAGCGAUCCAAUUUCCAGAGAUGCAAAGUUUCACAUAUCUCAACGUCUUAAGAAUCAGGAGUCAAGUUGAGGUUGUCAGCUCUUUAUUUAUUUUGCCUUCAUAUCAUUCAUGAGAGACUCUUUACUCGCACUGCAGGCUCACGUACAGCUAGGGUUCGAGACGCUCAGCCUUCGGGUGCCUUUGUUUUUGUGAUAUUUCCCCCUUCACCUGCAGUGUUGGUAGCGAUUCUCUCAUCUUCUUCGUAGGUGCUUCAGGGACCUACUGUACUAAUAUGCUCCGGUGUUAAAGUGCAUGCUGGCUGAAUGUGCACUCUGUGGGGUUUAUAUGAAUCUUGUCCAAAAAUGGCCACAAACACAUCUCUACUCCUCAUUUUUUAUUUUUAUAUAUUAUGUUUUAUUUAUAAUUCAAUUCAAAUGCAAAAUACUAGUUUUAAGGCAUGUAGUAGCAUUGCUGUUGGCACAGACGUAAACUGUUUUCUCGCUUGCUGCAUCAUAUGCAAUUCAUGCAAAUAUAUAUAUCAGUGUUCGGAGUUGCAGUGCUUUGCAUUUGGUGGCAAACUUACUUUAAGCAGGGACAUAAAAACUGACCAGCAAACAGAUUAAGGCAGCAAACAAGUGAUUAGGGCAUUUAUCUGGCACUUUCUAUGAAUAGAGUUCACAAUAGGGCCUGAAACUCUGUUUUUCAGCAAAAGAUCAGUGAUUUUUUUUUCUUUUUAAUCAAAUCAAAUUUUUUUCAUUCAAAUCUAAAUCUAAAAAGGCCAAUUGGUUUUUUUUUUUUUUUUUUUUUUAGCAAUUGUUUAUUUCUUACAGAGAGAAUAAACUGAUUACAGACUUUUGUUUUUAUUUUUGCAUUGUUCUUUUUUGCUUUUUGUUUGUUUUCUGUUUUCCACUAAAUUAGUUUUUUGGUUUUUAUUUAUUUUUUUGCAUUGCUCUUCUUUGCUUUUUGUUUGUUCUACUGCCUUGGUUUGUAUAGUUUUUUUUUUUUUUUUUGCAGUUUAAGCAACUCCAUCACCAUAAUUUUGGUCUUUUACCUUGUGUAAAUACAAUGUAUAAACGAUUUGUGUGGAUGUUUUUUUUUUUUUGUCAAUUGUUUAUUUCUAAAAAAACAAACAAACAAACAAACAAAAAAAAAAAAAACAUUUUAAAAAGUAUAGACACUGUUGCACAUUUUGCCCAGAUUUAUAAUUCUGUUAGAGCCCUAGUUGGGUACCAACAAAACAAUUGUUUUUUGAGUAAUUAAAAUAGGUUUAACAGUAUUAUGAUGCUUUUGUCUGAUGCUAUAAAAUAAUUCAUCUAGCUUAUCUAAUAGUAUGCUACUAAGAAUAGUUGUCUUUUUGUAUUUAUUGUUUGAAAAAGACCAACUUGUACGCUGUUUAUGGAAAGUGCCACAAGCUCAUUACUCUAUCAGGGCAUUUUUUUUGUUCCUUACUGCUCAUUCAGUCAUCGCUUACAUUCCAUAUUCCCGUCGAAAUGCAUUUUAAAGGGAUUACAUUCCGCUUGGCUUUUGGGAAUGGGAAAAUGAUUGUGUGGGCUACAUGUAGCAUCCUGUACAGAUACAACUAAAGACAGCAGCUACUUUUUGUAUCGCAUUAGUGCCUCUAUAAGACCAGUGUUUGAUCGCUAGUGCUGAACUCUCCCAUAUUUUGCUCUCGAGAAUGACAGUAUGCUAGUGUCAGUGCAUUCCAAUGAAAGGCAUGGCCUGAAAUGCAUCGAAUAAACUUGUAGGGAAAAUAUCUUCUGUUGCCAUGCUGCUACGCUUAAAAGGUGAUUUAAGAACAUUUUCUUGUGGAAUUGUAUUACUGAAUCAGUUUUGAAUCACUUUACGUGUGUGUUUUAGUGAUGAAUGUGCAUAUAUAGCUCUUAUCUUUCAGUGCUGUGUCAGUUUAGCGCAUAUCAUGUUGCAUUUUGCGGUGCACUGUAGUAUUUGAAAACAAUUGUACGUAACAAUUCUGAUCCUAAUUGGCCGGAUGGGUUUUGUGCCAAAUGUAAUUCAACAUUCAGGGACUUAAAAAGUAUUGCUGUAAAACUGUCAAUCUCUGAUGGUCACAUGAUUUGAGGGAUAAAAACUGGUUUACAAAAGUUUUGCUCGAGGCUGUAAACAAACGGACUGAACUUUUAGCACCUGGUGUGUUGUUGUAAAUGUAUGUGUGUGUGACAGAGCGACAGAAACCUGAGCAUUUUUCACUCAACGUAUGAAGAUGACGUCCACGCCAGUUUGUUUUACAAUCAGCUGCUGCUGGAAAUGUUGUGUGACCGGCGAAAGUGUUUGUAUCUUGCACAUUCUCACAGCUUCCACUGGCCAACUGUAAAUACCAAAUAAAUGACUUUUAAAGGGUA